AUGCCGCUGAAGCAGCCCAUAGGCCAAAAGCGGCUGACCAACGUGGCUAUCGUCAAAUACAAGAAGAAAGGGAAUUGGUUCGAGACGGCCUGCUACAAAAACAAAGUCGUGGACUGGCGAAACGGCACCGAAACUGACCUGGACGAGGUCUUGCAGACAACAGCAGUAUUCAAGAAUGUCUCCAAGGGGGUGCUUGCCAAAGAAAAGGACCUUGUGGAUGCUUUUGGUACAAAUGAUGAGAGGGCCAUAUGCACUGAAAUUCUGACCCGUGGCGACCUGCAGGUGUCUGAGAAGGAACGGAAACUGGAGUACGAGAACCUGUUCAAGGGCGUGGCGACAGUCCUAUCAGAGAAGUGCGUGGAUCCGAACACCAACAGACCAUACACGAUAACCAUGAUCGAGCGUGCCCUCAAGGAUGUGCACUUCAAUGUGGACCCGAAGAAGAGCGCCAAGGUGCAGGCGUUUGGGGAGGCCCUUCCCCUCCUGCAAGAGCGCUUCAGCAUCCAGCGGGCAAACAUGCGGCUGAGGCUGAAGUUGGCGGCUGCAUGCAAGGACGAGAUCCAGUCCAGGCUGGCUGAGCACAAGGUGAUAGUGGAGUCCAAGGAGGCCGAUGGAGCCACUGUAGCCAUCGUGUGCCAAGCAGACCCAGGAUUGUACCAGGUGCUGCUAGCAUUGGUGCGUGACCUUGGCAAGGGGCAUGGCCACCUGGAGGUGGUGAGCCUGGCAGUGCAGCGUGAGGGAAUGAGUGGAGAGGGCCAGGCGUCAGGUGACAUUCAGGGAAUUCUCAAGGAGCAACAAAGGGCUUCAGAACUGUCGCAGGUGCCCUACGUCACCAGCCAGCCGGCAUCUACCACUGGCCGUCUGAGGGCUCGAUCUGAGGAAGACAGCAUGGCUGAGGUAUCCUAUCCCAGGGGUCCCAUCUCUGGCAUACCUGAUGACGUCACCAGAAAACCUAUGUUCCUUGAGAUAGACGGGCUGCAGCCCGGGUGGGAGGUGGAGUUGACGAAGAGGGGCGAGUCCGGGGUUGUUGAUGCUGUCUUUUUUUCACCAUCGGGGGAGAAGGUGGGAGCAUUUGUGCAGGCCAGGCGUGCUGCGCUGUCGGCCAGCAAAAAGGCAGCAGCGGCACAAAGUACGGUUGAAUGA